UACCCAAUUCCCAACUUUCUCCAGCUGGUGUAACUUUCACAUGCAUACUUUCACAUCCCGUAGAUAGAAACCAAUAAAUAAAUAACUGUAGACAAUAACGCAUCAAAAAUAACUAUGUACAUUUAACAUUUGACAAUACAAAUUUGUGAUAAAGUAAGAAUAGUACAGAAUGGAGCAAGAUAUUUUUCACCAUCUUACAAACACAUGUUACACCCACUGUGUAGAACUUUCUAUCAACAUCCGCGAUAUGGACCGAGAAUAUUACAUUGGUCCACGGUGGGGAUUGGGGUCAUCGACUUCAUUGAGUCAACAUAAGGUUCGAGUCCAGUGGAAACCCGUCGGUGCUUUGCAAUGGGUUGAUAAAGGUUGCACGGAAGUCUUGAGUGGGAGAAAGGAGCUCGAAUUUACAACAAAGAUCUACUUCGAUAUUCAACCUGAAGAUGCUAGUUCGAUCAAACUCAGUUUGGAGUUUAUCAAAGGUUCUUGCGGUUUUGGAGUUAGUGGUGGCUGUUGGUCAAGCGUGGAAACGGAUCUUGGCCGUUGUCUUGCCUCUCCUGGAGCACUUUUACUCCCACUUGCCCUAAAGCUCGGAUUUGAUGAGCAAAAAUUCCCGAGGUACUUACAAGAUACGAUUCAAAAGCAGUAUGGUGCACCAGAAUUUGUCGCAAUGGCAGACCUGCGUUCAGAGUUUGUUCGACCACAAGCACUCGAAAGAUUUGGAAUGAAAUUUGGCCUAAGUUUUACCAACCCCCAAAAGAACGCGAGAAUGGAUAAAUAUUCAAUCGAGUUGUACAAAAUAACUCCAACACCGACAGAAUCACCUUACUCACAAUUGUCCCCUUUCACUCUGGUCUAUCGCCAAGUACCCUCCUGGUCGACGACAUACAUGUACGUGAACGAGAGCAAGCUAACCAAUGGAGACAAUGAACGACUGCUUCAGGUGACAGCGACCAAGAGAAAGUCUGGACGGAGAAAGGGAUUUGCAAUCUUUACAUUGGACUGCCUGCUCAACAAUGGGUUUCCCCCAGAGGAUAAGACAAUGUUGCUGGAACUUCGCACGGCUGAUGGAGUUCAAAAUUGGCCAAAAUCGAGGAUUGCAUUACGAUUAUUGCAGUCAGUAUAUUACAAAACUUACCAAGACUAUCUGAGAAUGGGCCUCAAGUUUGUGAGGUUAUAUGCUGUGGAUUUUUCGGAAUCUAACUGGGACCGAGAGCUUCAUGGGGACGUUCUUCACGAAAUUGGAGCAAAAAGUGUAAAAACCCCGUAUGAAGAAGCAUUGGAAUUACUGGCGUCAUUGUUUGUUCCUUUCUCCGCUCCGGAUUCAUUCUUUUACGUCUUUGGAAUGCCAAACGAACCAAAAGAUUUUGUUGCAUUGUACCAAUUUCAAGGGGAAAUAGGAGAAGAAUGGGAAGAGAAAGAUUGUGUGGAUCACUACAACAUGCUAAGAGAACAAUAUCAAACAAAUUUGAGCCUCGUUAAUUUCUCCAGACUAGAAAUUUCUGGUUCCCAAACCGUUCCAGCCAGAUCUGGCGAUCCUCCCAAUUAUUUUUUCCCAGCAUCUCCCAUCCCCACUCCAAAACCUCGAAGCAGUUCCAGUUCUGGGACUACAGGAUUUUUCUGUUUUCCUGAAAAAGCUCCUGCCAAACCGAAGCGAUCCUUUAUGUCGCGAAGCUUCUUGGGCCCAUUGUUGCGCGACAUUCUUUCCCUCGUCGGAGCGCAAACGCAUCUUCAGAAACCUCAAUAUUUCACAGCGUUUGUUCUUACGGAUGGAGAAUUCUGUGAUGUGGAAGAAUCUGCACAAGUACUCGCCAACCUUUCGUACCAUCCAGUAAGCGUAAUAUUUAUCGGAAUCGGAAACGGCGAUUUUUCUCAGCUGCGUCGUUUGCUUGAUUCCGAAUCUUAUCCUAAAUUGAGAAACAACAGUCACAUGCUCCACUUUCGAGGUUUUCACAAGUGGAGAAGUGCACUCGUCUUUUACAAAACAAAAACAGAUGCACAAUCAGUAUUUUGGAAAGAAGUGACCACAGCGGUGAGAGAUCACUGUGUCGCCUACUUAAGGAUGAAACAUCCAGAAUUGUAAAAUCGUACAAGCUAUUCAUGCAAUAUAAAAUUGAGACAAUAAUAUGUAACUCGCAAAGAGAAAGCAAUAAUGCAAAGUUUCAAGGACAAUACAUUCUGGCCAUACAGACGACCCUUUAAGGGAUAGGAAAAUAUAUAUUUAUGUGUAUGUAUAUAGUGUCAUACCAAUGAAAUGAAGAUCUGAAAUAACCUAUUACGAGUAAAUAAAUCUCCAUAACUCAAAACAUUGUA